CUAUUAAACACUUUCUAUUAACCGUUGGAUUAACCUCUGUGUCUAUCAUCCGACGGUUGAGAGUUUUGCUUUCUAUUUAUUACAAAAUAAAAACGCGCGGUCACCGUCUCUUUCUCUCACUAAGAACAGAGUCUCUCCGGCGAGAUCACCGGCGUAUUAUGAUAAAUUCGCCUGAGAGAUAUCGCGUGUAGUUAAAUGGGUCUUCCUCUGUUGACAUGCAGUACAACGAGAGUCGCUUUCUCUUCUUCUUCGUCUUCGUCUUGGUGCAGUGGAAGCGGUGGAUUUAGAAAGCUUUUCGAUUCUCCGGCGAGUUCGAGAUCAGAGUUGCAGCGGAAGAGAAGCUCGCGGUUAAAUGGUCUUUCUUUAGAGAAACCGAGGUCUGUCAAAGCGUCGUCGUCGUCAUCGCAGAGCAGCGGCGAGGUGAUCGACGACGAGUUAGCUGUGCCGUCGGUGGGAAGUUUCAGCGGCGGCGAGUUAGCUGGACCUUCGGGAGAGGUUACAUCGGUGGGCGAGUUUGUGGGUGGAAGCGGCGGCGGAGACUUCAGUGGUUGGGAUAAGGUCGGUGCUGUUGUGAGGCUGAGUUACGGAAUGGGGAUAUACUGUGGGAUGGCUGUAGCGGGAAGGUUUAUAUGUGAAGUGGCAGGGAUUGAUUACACAGGAGGUUUUAAUGCUUCUUUAGAUGCUAUUACUGCUGGUCUUGGUUAUGCUUCUCCACCUAUUAUGGCUCUUCUCUUCAUUCUUGAUGAUGAAGUUGUGAAGGUGUCGCCGCACGCUCGUGCCAUUAGAGAUGUUGAAGAUGAGGAGCUUCGAGGCUUCUUCCAUGGCAUGUCAGCUUGGCAGUUUAUCUUAGUAGUUACUGCAAGUUCAAUUGGAGAGGAGCUCUUCUAUCGAGCUGCGUUUCAGGGUGCGCUAGCUGAUAUAUUCUUAAGAGGCACAGAUCUCAUCUCAGAUUCUCGGGGAAUGGUCGCUUUGACAGGAAUCUUGCCUCCGUUUGUACCCUUUGCUCAAGCAUUUGCAGCUGCCAUCACUGCUGCUCUCACCGGUUCUCUCUAUUACAUGGCUGCUUCCCCUAAAGAUCCGACUUAUAUAAUGGCACCUGUCUUGAAAACUCGCUCUGCACGUGAGGAGCUGAAGAAGCUGUUUGCAGCGUGGUACGAGCGAAGACAGAUGAAGAAGAUCUACUCUCCUCUUCUCGAAGGUCUUUUGGGUCUAUACCUCGGCUUUGAGUGGAUUCAGACAAACAAUCUUCUUGCACCAAUCAUCACACAUGGGAUAUACUCAGCUGUUGUACUAGGAAAUGGUCUAUGGAAGCUUCACCAUCACCAGCAACGACUGCGCCUAAGGGUACAGAAGCUUGAGACUGAAGGUGAUAACAACUCAAGAUAGAUAAAUAGCUAAAAUAAAUACCCUUUUGUUUUUAAAUUUUGUGAAUUGUCUUUAAUGUAUUGAGCAGCCAUUGACAUUGUUGUACAAAAUAGAUAUAGAAAGCAAAGUGUAUAGAACCAUUAGCUAAUAAUAAGAGAGAAGCUAUGUGAAGCUUUUUUUA